UUACCUUUCAAGCGACUUCGUUCUGCAGCCGUCAGCGCAGCCUUUGUUGCUAGCCGGCAUCGCCAUUCCUUUCUUUCGCCAUCAGAUAUCGCUGUCGGGGGGAGGGCACGACGAUUUGGGCAUCCCCUUAAAUCCAAAGUUUCCAGAUUAAUUAGGGAUCCAAGUGACUCGGGGAGUUCGGCUAUACUUGCCUUCUUAACGUCGAGUAGUAGUUCUUGGAAAAAAUGUACAAGAAGAAGAAACAAGUUGAUAAGCAUGGACCCUUACAUGGUCAUAUGGUUGCACAGGAUCAAGAAAUGGACAUAAGGAAGAUUAUGAAAGAUGUCGAAAAUUUUGGCUACUCACAUAUGUCAUGGAAAGAACGUAAGAAGAUUGAAGAUAGGAAGGUUGUUUCUCUAGGCGGGAAGGCCCCUAAGCAGCAGAGAUUACCUUUAAGCGUGGCACGACUAAGGAUGAAGAAACAGAAGGAGAGAGAGCAGCAAAUGCUCCAAGAGCGCUUGAUUCUUGGACAAUUUGGGGGAAAGCUUGGUGGUAGCAGUAAAAGAUCAGUGGGGAAGCGAAGACCUGAGGAGAGGGGUCUGAAGUCAAGUGAAGGUCGUUUCAAAAAUGGCGUCCUUAAUGUGAAGCAUUUGUUAAAUCCAACCCAAUCUAAAGAUCAAGCUACUGAAAACCAUGUGCCCAGAUCCGGUGGAGGCAAAGGAAAAAACGGAGAUAAGAAGAGAGGUAAGAAACGCCGUUGAUUAAUCAAAUCCCAUGUGGGGAAAAGUUUGUAGGAAAACAAGCAAAGCAGCAGUCAAUUUGUUAACGUAUCUAGUCAGUUUGAUCCUCAGGGGAAAGAGACUUGAAUUGAGAUUUGAUCUUAAAUAGUUAUUAUUAAGGAAAGGUUAAUUUAUUAA